AUGGAUGCCACAAUGGACGCAGCAGCAAAAGCGCGGUUUGAUCUCAUCAGCGACAACCUCGCUGAGGUUCUGAACCCAGAAUUGAUUGAAACCAUCCUAAAAGAGGGCCGCAACCCACGUAUCUACUGGGGAACCGCUACCACAGGAAGACCACAUGUGGGAUACUUCCUUGCUGCACUCAAAAUCGCCCAAUUACUUCGCGCGUCUUGCGAUGUCGUCGUUCUGCUGGCCGAUAUUCACAGCUUCCUCGAUAACUUGAAGGCACCCCUCGAACUUGUGGAGAAUCGUGCCAAAUACUACAGCAAGAUUAUUACGGCUAUCCUUCAGUCUGUCGGUGUUUCAACUGAUAAGCUGGAGUUCGUCCUCGGUAGCUCCUACCAAAAAAGCCCCGAAUAUGUCAUGGAUGUGUACCGUAUGGCAAGCUUGGUUUCGGAAACCGAUGCGAAACGGGCUGGAGCAGAAAUUGUUAAGCAGACUAGCAAUGCUCCUCUGAGUGGUCUCCUGUACCCUAUCCUCCAGGUACUAGACGAAGAGCAUCUGAACGUUGAUUGUCAGCUCGGAGGCAUGGACCAGAGAAAGCUCUUCACGGCAGCCAUUGAAUGGCUACCAAAAUUAGGUUACCGGAAGCGCGCACAUCUUAUCAAUCCCAUGAUUAGUGGAUUGAAGGGUGCUAAAAUGAGUUCUAGUAUUGAAGAUAGCAAGAUUGAUCUUCUAGACCCAGCCGAAAGCAUCUCGAAGAAGAUCCGGAAGGCAGAAGCAGCCCCAAAAAUCAUCGAAGACAACGGAGUUAUUGCUCUAGUUGAAUAUGUUCUACUGCCUGCAGCCGCUCUUAAGGGCCGAAAGGAGUUCCAAGUCGAGCGAAAAGAUCAGGAUCCACUGAUCUACGUUGACAUCAAGCAACUUAAAGAAGACUACCAAAACGAUAUUUUAACGCCGCAACUUCUUAAACCUGCUGUCUCGGCCGGUCUUGCCGAUCUUAUGGCACCGAUACAGGCCGCUUACCAAGCCGAUGCAGAAUGGCAGGAGAUCACCUCAAAGGCUUACCCGCCUCCCGUUGUCGAAAAGAAGCAGAAGAAGGUCAAGGAUAGGGGAUCUCGCUUCCCUGGUGCCAAGGCCAAGGGCCCUGAAAGUCAAUAA